AUGAAAAGAGUUGAAAAGAUAAUGGCACUCGUACAUCAUAGUAGUUUAAGGGAUCAAGCCGUUACUGAAAACAACGAUGAUUCUCAGUCAUGUAAUAAUUCGAUGACCAACUAUGCAGCUAUUUCAACAGAAGAAAAUAAUACAGAGACACAACUUGGAACAACAGCAACUGAAGUACUUAUUGAUAUUGACAGAGCACCUUUAGCAUGUAGCACUGCUUCUGUCGACCACAUUGAAAGCUCAAAAGAAAACAUUGUCAAUCCACAAGUGGAGAAAUUAGAAGCAACAGGAAUAAUAAUUGUUGACAUGGGUACCCCUCCUGCUGAGGAAUCUUCUAGUAAUUGCCAAACUGACAUUUCAAAAGAUAUUACAAUCAUGUAGAUGGAAUCCCGCAUUCUUUUCCGAAUUUCCAGAAGGAAACUACCAAUAAUAAAAUAAAGUAGAUAAUGCAAGAAAGAACAAAGCCAUUAUUUAACAUAGCUCAACAACUUCGCAUAGAAAAAGAUGAGGAAAGGGCACAACAGAAGUAUGCCAGAUAAAAGGGAGACACAGAGAAGAGGUGGAUUUAUUCAAUUUAAAAAUUAAACUGCAAAUGACAAAUAAAUAAAUAAUAAAAAAAUCA